CUAAAAUCUAAUCCCCGUCCAAACCCCGGUAUAAGACGAAAUCAUCCUAAUAAAAGAGAAAGAUUAGGGAAGAGGAGGCGAUAGGGCGACGGGGGAGGAUGACGGCGGAGGUGAAGGUGGCGAUGGAGGAGGUGGCGAAGAAGCUGACGCUGUGGCACACGCGGACGUUCCAGCCGAUACUGACCCACGAUGACCUGGAGCCCAUCAUGCUGACGUCCGGGUUCGUGCCGCUGCCGGUGAAUGAGGCGGCGGCGGCCGGGGGCGGUGGGAUGGCGUGGAAGGAGUACAAGUACCGGGCGGCGACGUGGGAGAUGCUGCCGCGGCCGCGGCUGCCGUAUCCGAGGAUCGACGGGCUGCAUCUGAUGGCGUACAAGGCCUUCUUCCUCGCCCUCGAGUUCUACCUCGGCGCCCACCUCGUCUCCGACCUCUUUCACGUCAGGACCAUGUCUCUCACUAAGGCACAGGACCGAGCGAUCGACAGAACCUAUCGACCCAUGAGAGAUUGCGAGAUGGAAGUGGAAGAAGAAUGGUUGUUCGUGUAUCGCAAUGGCACUUUGGAUAACUUCACGAAGAUGUUCUGCGACAAGGAUGAAGAAGAUGACAGCAUCAGUGAAAAGGGCCUCAAGAAAAUUAGUCAUGGCAAUAGCAACAGCCCUGCCAACUUAAUGAACUUCAUUGCAUUGAAAGACCUUUUACCAAGUAGCGAUAUCACUGGCUUAAGUUGAUUUCCUUAAGCCAGCUUUAGCCAAAUGGACAUCAGGUUCUUUCUUUCUUUUUUUUUUUAAAAAAAAAAUUCCCAUAGAUCUUCCUGCUAAAUUCAGAUUUCUUUCUUUUUUUAUAAAUGUAUACAUUGGUA